AUGACACUGUAUAAGCUGGUGGUGCUGGGAGACGGAGGUGUGGGCAAGACGGCACUCACAAUUCAGCUUUGUUUAAAUCAUUUCGUCGAAACCUACGACCCAACCAUUGAAGACUCAUAUCGAAAGCAAGUCGUUAUUGACCAGCAAUCGUGCAUGCUUGAAGUUCUCGAUACCGCGGGGCAAGAAGAGUACACUGCGCUUCGAGACCAAUGGAUUCGCGAUGGCGAGGGCUUUGUGCUUGUUUACAGUAUCACAUCGCGCGCCUCGUUUAGUCGCAUCACCAAGUUUUACAACCAGAUUCAGAGAGUCAAAGAAUCGACAAACUCCGGUUCCCCGACGGGCGCCAGCUACCUCGGUUCCCCUCUGACAGGACCUUCUCUAGGAGUUUCUUCCGGCCCGGUUCCAGUGAUGUUGGUCGGCAACAAGAGCGACAAGACGGUAGAAAGAGCGGUUUCUGCACAAGAAGGCUCGGCUCUGGCAAAGGAGCUCGGAUGCGAAUUCGUGGAAGCAUCGGCGAAGAAUUGUAUCAACGUGGAGAAAGCCUUCUACGACGUCGUCCGACUCCUACGCCAACAGCGACAGCAACAACAAGGCGGCGGUCGGAUGCAAGAACGACGAGCAACUGGUUUCGCUGGUCAACGUGAUCGCGACGCGAACCCAGAAUACCCCAGAACGUUCCGAACUGAUCGUGCCCGGCAACACCGAGGUGGUUUCAGAUGCGUUGUUCUAUAA